AUGGGAGUUUACAAAAAGAACAAAACGAAGCAGAACAACAACUUUAUGGGGAGGAGCUUAAUGCGGAACAAGUUGUUACAGAAGGAAAUUUCGGACAACAUUUUAUACUCAAAGAUAGGAAAUGAGGAGACAAAGAAAGUGAGCAAACAGAUUUCCGUUUUGGAUAAAACUCCACUUGAUGAUUAUUUGGAUAAUCAGCUAGUCAUUAACAGCGUUGAGGUGAGCAGAGUGUUUAUACAGAAGAAUGAAAUAAAGGAGAAGAAAAGUUUAAGAGAUAGGAACAAGGGGAAAGAUUUUUUGGAAAUUCAGAACAUCGUUCUGCCUAUACCUGGCAGACCAUUUCUUUUGAAGCACCAAGACAAGGUCAACAUAAUUCUCCACGAGAGGGAAAAUGCGCCAGUGAAGAAGAAGAAGAAGAGGAAGAAUGUGAAGAAGAUUAGCUUCCUGAUGAGUGGCAAGAGUCUCAUACCGAUUAAUGUGCGAAGCCCGAAGGGGGAGUCUUCACGUAGGAAAAAGGUCCGUCCCGCGAGGAAGGCGCCGAACGGGGAGGUGGACGUGGAUAACACAGGGACCGCCAACGUUGAUGAGGAGAACGAACAGGAGGAAGAAGAAGUGAUGGAUACGUCUGAAAAGGAGGAAGAUGAUGAAGUAGAGGAAAGUGACGUAGAGGAUGAAGAGGAAGACGAAGCAGAUGGUGACGCCGAAUCGGAGGAAGAGGAAGAUCGUGACGACGACGGUGAUGACGAGGAGGAUGACGAAGAAGACGCGCUCGACCCCGCUGCGGAGGGGGAAGCCCCGCGGAACCUCCAAUACAUGCGAAUGUACGAGGCGCUCGGGAAAAAGUACAAACGGCUGAACGUGCAGGAGGUGCUCAACAAGGAAACCGUGAACAAAUAUGAACUGGAGCAUUUUGUCGAAUGGAGGAAGUUGCUAAGCGUUGUCGAAGAGGAAGAAGGAUAUACAAUCACACCAUAUGAAAAAAAUAUAGAAUAUUGGAAACAGCUAUGGAGAGUAAUAGAAAAAAGUCACGUCCUCUUUUACAUCAUAGAUGCGAGAAAUCCCAUGUUUUUCUACUGCCAGGGGUUAGAGUAUUACAUUAGGAAGGUAGACCCCAGGAAGGAAUUCUACGUCAUUUUAAAUAAGUCCGACUUUUUAAACUAUGAGGAAAGGAAAGAAUGGGCAGCCUUUUUUGAGAAGAAAAAUGUGAAGUUUAUUUUUUUUUCUGCUUUGAGGGAGUUGUACCACCAGAAUAAGGUGAUCAUUCAGGAUUUGCCCCUCCCUGUAGAGGUAUACACGAAUGGGAUGUCCAUUCCGGGGGGUACACAAGAAAAGAGGGAGGACAUGUCAUUGGCGGAAGGGUCGUCCACUUUAACAGAACGAUUGCCUUCUGAGCAUAUGAAUCUAUCUACCACCAUGACGUAUGAGGAGAACAAAAAGGAAGCCGCCAUCGAUGUGGGGCACGGAAGUUUAACAUACGAGGAAAGGAAAAAUGACCAAACAGACAUAUUAAGCACAAACGAAAUGGUUAGUUUAAUUCAAAAAGUUAAGGAAGAGAAAAGAAGUGAAUACCACGACAUAGAAAUAGGAGACUACAGUAUCCCCAAGUUUAUGGUAGGGUUUAUUGGUUUUCCCAAUGUAGGAAAAAGCUCUAUUAUAAAUUCGCUAGUUGGGUUAAAAAAGGUCAGUGUAAGUAGACAGCCAGGGAAGACAAAACAUUUUCAAACCAUUCCGUUAAAGCGUCAUGGGUUCUCUUUGUGUGAUUGUCCCGGGUUGAUCUUCCCAUCUCUGGUGUUUAGUAAAUACGACUUAAUCCUUAAUGGGGUUUUUUCUGUGGACCACUACAAGGGGAAUCUAACCGACCUUGUGCAAAUUCUGUGUAAUAUCAUCCCUCAUCAGUUGUGUGAGAAGUACAGAAUUGAUAAGAGACUCAUUUGUGAUAUUCAGUUAGAUGCAGAAAAUGGGUUCGAAAAAAGAACCCAUUUAUAUUUAGAUGCAACUCAAUUUUUAAGUGCGUUUUGUUCUUCUAGAAAGUACAUCUCCGGGGGUAAAGGAGGACUCCUCAAUCUUAACUUUGCCACUAGACUUAUCAUUCGGGACUUCAUCACAGGGAAACUCCUCUACAAUUUUAUGCCCUCUUACUUAGCUUGCAAUGCACACGUGUACCGUUCGGGCCCGUCCCCCGGGGAGCUGCUUGCCGCAUCGGCAAUGGUGGACCAGGAUCACUUCUCUCAGGACCCCCCCGAGCCCGAGGAAAUCCUGACCACCAAGAGGAAGUUCCGUUACAUGCAGAAGAAGCUGAUCAGAGGAAAGAAUGUGAUGAAGCACGCCUCCUAG